CAAGCUGAUGUUUUGGUUUAAUUUCAGUACCUUGCUGUUGAGAUCUUGAACGAGGGUUUGCAAAGGCAGUCUGGCACGAGUUGCGCAGAAAGGUGACUGUAAACAGGAGUUUGCGCAGACUGCAUUUCGUCGAGAGAAAGAGCUUCUACUUCCUAGGUUUUCACCUGAAAACAACAAAAAAGAAAACAAAAGAAAACCGGCAUCCAGCUGUCACAUAUAUUGAAAAUUUAAGCCAUUCUUCUAAAUUCUAGCAACAAUCUGAAAGUAGAAGUCAUUACUUUCUGCCUCUUACCUCAGUUACUUUGUAGUAAAAGUUCUUUCCUUAUCACCAGUUAUCAACUUUAUUAAAAGGAGAUGGUUUGCUCAUGAUGGGCAGAAGACUUCUAAAACAGAAUAUAGGAGUGGUUAACUUAAACACUGCAGUAUGCUGAAGCAAUUCAACAUCCUUUGGGGCAUUAUUGAUGGAUAUUUCAGUAUGUUUAAUGUGGCACAAACAGAAUUUAUUUUUCUGUCCUGAAUCAACUAGAUGUAUGAGCCAGAGGCUUCAGUCAGUGAAAGGGUGGCUUUGUGAAGAUCUUUAAAUUCUCCUUUAGUGUUCAACUCACCAGCUGUUAGCUGGGAUCUCACUAAAGGCUGCUAUGCACUAACAGCUGUUUCAGGCUUUCUGAUAUUUAUAGUAUUUCUAUUGUCAGACAGCUCAGAGGUGUCCAGGAUGAUAUUUCCCUGGGUGCUGAUGAAUGAGCGCUGAGGCAGCCCUCCCGCAGAAAGUUCACGUCCAAGCAAGCACUGUACCUCGGCGGACUUAAGGGAAAACCACUGUGCCCACAGCAUUUCUGAAGCAUCGGAAUGCUUCUCCUUUGAGCAGCCUUAUGGAAUUUCCUGCUUUCAUUUUGCUGGUAAUCCAUCUGCUGUUGAGCGAAUUCUCACCGGCCAACUUCACAUAUACAUUAAACCAUAAAGAAGAAGGAAACAGAUGAGCAGCUGCAGGUUAGCAGGCUCUGGACUCAUUAUACCUGGUAGUAGAAGCAAUUUGUCACUGGCUGAGUCAUCCCCUGUUCAGGGAAUCCACUAUUCUAGUACAAUUCUUUGAACAAAGCGUUAGAGCUAAUAAAGUCCACAAGAAUCUUACUUAGACAAAUACCAUUUUCAGGUAUUUCUGAAGUGCUUUUUUGUUGCUAGGACUGUGCACUCAUCCCAGAUUAAAAACCCAUUGUAGAAAAACCCACUAGAAAUUGCGAAGAAACAUGGUGGUGAGUGGUUAUCUUUGGCUCUGGAUAUUGUCUACGAGACAAUGAUAGGCAGGGCCUAGGAACUGGCAUGCUUGAUGACUGAAUUAAAUUUGAAGUCUCUCUCAUCUCUGAGGCCUCAGAAGACACUGCAAAGACUUUCCUUACAAAUAAUUUUGUAAUGAUACUGAAGCUGAAGAUUGUUUUCAGUAACCUCCAGCAGUUAAUUAUGGGAUUAUAACUUGGAGACUGGGGGGUUUAACAGAGCAUCUCACAAUCUGAAUUUUUCUUUUGUAAUGGGUUCAAUCCAAAUAAUGUAAAAAAUAUGUUCAUCCCUUUUUGGACCAUGAAUUUUGUCAAAAGAUGCAAUGAAACUGAUGCAUUCUGCAAAGCGACUCAGUCUCACAGCCCUGGCAUUUUCCACACAAAAAUGCACAGGCGUUAAGUUUCUGACAAACUCUUGUUCACAAUACCAAUACAGCACUAGAACUACUAAGAAGGUUCAGACAAAUCUGUCAUCAUUGUGUUAGGAAUGGCACAGCUGUAGGUUUUUAUUUACUUGCCCACCUACACGGGGGUAGGACGUCAGAGUUACAGUUUUGGUGUAGUGUCAGCUGCUGCACACACACAGAUCAAAGUCCUUAAUAACUACAGAAAAAAUAAAAACUUUCCCUGGAGAUGGUAAAGCAUUUAACCUUGUUGAUACUGUGUAGCACUGAAUUCCCCAGGUUAAUUAUGGGUUGUGUAAAAAAGUAUUACUUUUCGUUAGUUUUGGAAACUAAAUUUAUUCAUACCCUCCUGAAUCCUUUCUCAGUCUUGUCAGCCUUGACAUUUACAUAGAAGUAUGGUAAAACAGGGCACCGAGACUCACAAUCAUCACGAGGAAGGAAAAUGUCCAACAAUAUAAGGCUGUCUCAGCCAUUCACUGGAAAACCAGCAUCUGGUUCAAUGUGUCUGCAGGCACAGACUGUAAGGGCUUUUUGUUCUUCAAACAGAGCUCAGCUGACAGGUUACUUUCUGGAAGAGGCAUGGUAAUCUGUCUAUUUAUGUACUGUCUUUGAGAGAUGUAGUCUUAAAUUAGGACAGGAGUUGGGAACUGAAACAAAUGGGCUCACAGAAAUGGGAGACACCAGGUUUUUUGGCAUGCAGGCUCUGUGCAAUCAGGUCUCAAAAGCAUUUUUAAAAAAAUGGAAUAAAAUGAGCCGUGUUGUUUUCAUAGCUGAUUAAACUGAGGUGACAUCUCAUCCUCCAGACAUGAGCGUACUACUUGAUCUAACCUAUAUUUGUUGAGAUGUAUGACAUUCAGAGAGAGUUAGAAACAUUUUUAUCCUUCCUUUGGAGUUAUUCCAGUGUUUACCGAGUGCCUGCCUUUAGAAAUGGGCAAUCCCUCCCUGGGAGCUGACAGAGGAAAGGCGUUUGAUUCAUGGCAGUGGGGAUUCUGCCCUGACCAGCCUCCAGGACCCGACAGUCCCCAGGCUCUGGCAAUCCCACCAGCUGCUCACAAGCAGUUUCCCUGAAAACAGAGAGUUCACCAAGCCAAACAGCUUAUUUGGGCCCUGGAUCCCAUAUCCAUGAGAGCCCCAUUCCGAACACAGGCAGAAGGAUGGUACUAGUUGUACCUUGUUGCUCUGUGUCUUUUCCAACACUCUGAGCAAGCUCAGCCUUCAAUUCUGUCACCUCAUUUGGGUCCUGCUCCUGACCCAUCUCCUGGCCCAGCUCACUCCUUGUCCUAAGCCCAGUCCAACUUGAGCCCUCAGCACCUGUCCCCCUUGCUGAGGCUUGUUCAGACACCAACACCUGCCUCCUGCAGCAUUCCUCGUGCUGAGACUUAGGAGGGAAACUGCUUUGGGAAAGACUCAAUAUUCCCACAUUCCUCAUUAGAAGGUAAGGGAGGUUGUACCUUGGGGGCCACAGCUAGUAUUAUGCUGUAGGUCUCUGCCACUCAGGUCACGUAGUGACAACCGGACAGCCUUCAGCAUGCCUUUGCUGCUGGCCAGUGCCACACGGUCAGGCACACUGAGGUUGUGUAUGCCCGAAGAGAUGAGUGUGGCUCCAAAAAAAGGCAUUCAGCUUUCACCUGGGGUAGAGAUAGAGACCUGCCACAUAUUUUAUAACUUCUGUUCCUUAAAGCAGCAAGAUGGAUUAAAGGAAAAAAUAUCCAUCAUAAAUCAAGAAAUGCUGUUAAAUUUUCUGGUAAUUGCUGUGAGGGGCCAGAGUUCAGAACUUCACUAAUCUCAUGACACUUCGUGCUUUGCUGUCUGCAUCUCUCUCGGCUACUUUUUCCUAGACAUCGAGGAUGUAACACGAAGUGUUGACACUUGGUGACCACAAUGUACAAUGCCAGGGAUUUUGCUUAAGUAUCCUGUAGGGGAACAGAAGAAAACUUUGCAGAACACUUUUCAGGAGACACAGAAGAUUCUGUGUCAAGAUCCAUCUUCAGUCUUACACCUUCCUUCUUGCAUCUUAGCAGAGAUGCUGUCACAUUUGCAGCAGGCUCCACUUCACUGUAAGCACAUUGCAAGGAAGCUCAUCAUCUAGCGUUGUUCUGACGAUCCUCAUGUUGCAUUGACCUGUGCUGUUGCUGGCCACCAGAGUGUUGUUGCUUCCAAAAGGCUUGCCCCCCUGUCAAGACCCAUGUAUGCUGGAAGCGUGUCCUACGUCAAGGCUUCUAUCUGUACCCUGCGCUUAAAAGUGGACAAAGGAACAGGCGGAGGCACAAUCAGCCCCUUUGGUACAUGCAUUUUCCGUGCAUGCUGUUCAUGGCUUGCUGCAGUAAAGCUCAGACUCGUUGCACUUUGGAAGUGAAGCACUAGGUGAAACUCGAACACAACGGGUUAAGCCCUUCGCAGGCUGGAGAAGCAAGAACCUGCAGGAAAGCACCAUGUUGCCCGGGCUCCCCUACCUCUUGUGAGUGCUCCAGGCCUUUGUACAAUGUGCAGGUGAGCAUCUGAAUGUAACGGUAUGAACAGGACAUAUGUCUGGGUUACAGCACUGCUUAACUGGCAGCAUGGGCAUAAUGUGAACAUCCUCCAUUUCUCUCUAGAUGACUCCCUUUUACAUACAUUGUAUAUGACUCUGGCAUCUUAGGCAGUUAUCUUUCACUUCCAAACUUCUGCAGGUAAAUAACCAUCUGGGGAUUGAUUUGUUCUGCAUACAGCACAUCAGCUGGUCCCAUCACACGUAAUUCAAAUGCUUUCCAGACUGGUAAAUCUCUGCUUAUUUUCAUUUCCAGCCUCUAGCCGUAUAGUCAGAGAUUGUUUCAUUCGCUCUUUGAAUCCAGUGAGCAGAAGUGAAAUAUUCUGCAAUUCAGGACAGGUCAGACUGUAGAUUUUUCCACCAUCCCAAAGCCUUGUUUAGUCAGCUGGAUGAAUUAGAGGUGGUGAGCAUGUAGCAGGGUAUAAAAGAAACCAACCCUUCAGGCUCUGUAAAGCCAGCCUUGUGGUGCGGCAGGGCUCUGCACAAGGGUGCUAGCUCAUCACGCAGCGUGUGCGCAAGCUGCGCUGCAUGGUCUGGGCUGGACGUGGAGAGCAGGACACAGCGAGCAUUGCUAGAGGCUCACAGUAGCAGAAGGUUUAUCACCCAUCACCUACAGAUCAGUUUUUCUUUCCCAAGGAAAGGCUGAAGACCAACAGAUGGGAUGCUGAAAAGCAGCACACCUCUGCAUCAAGAGAUCAGGUUUCUGUAACUCUCUUGCUUUGUGCUCAGGCACCCAGUACCUGGCAAUUGGUUUACUUCUUUGUAUGUCCUGGCUAAAUCAUCCUGUGCAAAGGGCAUAGAGGAACUGGCAUCAGUUGUGCCUGGAAAAUCUGUUUUUCAGCCAGUAGAGAUCACUGAAGAAAGGAAGAAAGGGAGCAAGAUACAUCUCACUGGAGUGUUUGACAGAUGUGGCAGGCUGGAGGAAGUCUGAAUCUUCCCCAGAGCCUUUCCAUCUUGUGUUUCCCAGGCAUCUUCUUCCUUUAAGGUUUUCAUGUGUGUGUCCAGGUGAAAACAUGGUGAGAAGGAGCUGAGCUCAGCUUAGAUUAGGCCCUACACUGCUGGGGCCGGUGGCAUGCCUGCUCUUCCCUUAAAGUGGGGAAAUGCAUUGUUCUCACCAGCCAUUGCAGCGACAAACACGACAGCCCCACUCCCAGCCAAACAAGACAUCUAUCCUCAGUCCCAGGGACUGAAAUCUGCUGAUGUUUUUGUUCAUUUCCAGAGGGUAUCUCCAUCCUCUCUUGACUCCAUGGUGCUCCUCAUUGCUCCCUGUGUCUUUACACAGAAUGGCAGCAGGAGGAAGUGACAGAGAAAGGAUAAGUGUAAGCCACAUUCUCAGCCAUGUGCAGUACACAAAGCCUUUCUGCUCCGGUUUAUUCCAGAAACAGGAUCGAUUGAAACCCUCUACCCCUGCAGUACAGUAUGGCCAUUGCUAGUAACAGGCCGCAGGUUUUGUACCAAGUGUGCAAAGGCUCAGGACCGAGGCUUGUCGGGCUUGCUUUGCCUGGACAUUUAUUGACCUGCCGCCACUUUAUUUAAACUCGAUUUAGCUGUAGGAAUAUUAUUUUCCUUCUGACCAGGUGGCUAUGGCUGAUUUGUUUUACUUUGAUUAGCACUGUAUGGUACAACCAUCGUUUUAUACAGAUAGCAGUAGUAAGUAACUCUUCCAUGCACCACGAGGUGUUCACGACUCCAAGUUAAUAAGCUAGAGUUAAUAGAGUUAAUUAUAGCCCUGGUACGACAGCAGAGGUCUUGAGAAGUGGAGGCACAGGGUGCGGUGCAGGGCAGUACAGGCAUGGGAUGGUAAGAGGUGGGGCACAGGCUUGGCCAGAGACGUCACAGCUACAAACGACUCACCGAUGGUCAGUUAAAGAAACACAGAUGUGGAGCUGGGCAAGAACAGUUUUAGAGGUAGCAAAGAGGACAAAGAAAUUGUAUCUUACAAGUAUAUAAUCAACACAUACAGUAAAUUUGGAUAGAAAAUGGAGUUUCAAUCCAAUGAAGAAAAAAAACCCCAGGUGUAAAAGCAUGUUACUAAUUAUAAAACAGACCCCCAGAAGAUUCUAGAAUGACAAAGAGGAAACCAUCCCUCCCACUGACAUUCCUCCCACUGGAGGACUCCAGAUGCUGAUAACUCCCUCUAACACCACCACCAGAAUGAAAGCACCAACCUUAGGACCCAGACGAGCAAGGGCAGGGGGAGCAUAACACCAGGAACAGGGGUAGAAGUUAAGAAGUGUGUGCAUAACAAUUUUGAUUUUUAAAGAAUUAUUAUUAUCAUCAUUAUCAUCAUCUUUGUUAUUCACAUUGACAUUUUUCUGCAUAGGAGUAUUAUUUAUUUUUCUGUAAUAAUUAGACCUGGAUUAAUAACAAUUUUUUAUUAGAGUGCUAAGGUUUCGGUUAUACUAACAAAAAUUUUUUGUCUCUCUAUAUAAGGUACAUUUCCCUUUUGCCCAGAAACAAUGUUUUGAGCAUAACACUGUAAGAAGAUUCCUGAAUCACUCAGACAGAAACACACUGUAUUUCUCACAGGCUCACAAUAACCAAAUCACUUUAUGAGCUGAAAUCCCCAUCAAAAUGUGAAAAAUGCAUCUGCCUGGGAGAGGUCUAAAGAGCCUCUUGGUCUCAGCUGAAAUGGUAAAUGGUGUUUUGGGUGAAAUCAACUUUUGUUUUCAGUUUCACCCUUCAAAACUGUUCCUGCUCCCUUGGACACUCUAUGAGUCAGAACAGACUCUGCUCACCUUCUAGACUGCACUUUGGCUAAAAGGGAAGCCACAAGAAAUACAUUGUCAGUUAGGAUACAUUAUUUGUAGCCACAGAUCAAAAUUCAAAGACAUAAACAGAAACUCCAGAACUCCUAAUCUUCUUCCAGGUCCUCAGGAAAGCUUUCCAUGUUAAUGUCUUCCAUUUCUAAUGGAUCUGUAAUGUUUUAUAGAUGGAUUAUGCUUGUAAUGUAAUUCAGAAGUGAUGCAUUGCCAUCAAGCAUGUGCCUUCAGCUCCGGCUUUUCUAUCCCGGAAAAAACAAAACAGGCCAAGGAGAGGAGCCACCGUGGCGGGCAGACCUGUGCCAUUGAACACCCGACAGAGGCAAGCAAACCACGGGAAGGACUCCCCUUGUUUUGUGCUGGGCUUCCUGGGCAGAAUUACAGUGUAACCUGGAAUUACAAGGUAACCUGUGAUUACAAAUGUUUUCACAUCCUGGACAUCCUGGACCUGUGGUGUAGAGGUGAUUGCCAUAAGCCUGGUGGCCAUUCCCAAUUCUGGGAUUUUGGCUUCCCUCUUCUGUAGAGAUACUUGCAGAAUGUUUUUCCACUUGACUUUCAUGUGUCUCUGCAGCAGGUUCAACUCCCUGCUCCUCACAGGACUACUUAAAACCAAACUGUAUGACUAAAAGCAUUGUCCAGGUGCUCCUUGAACUGACAGGCUUGGUGCUGUGACCACUUCGCUGGGGACACCUAUCUUAACACCAGUAGCAGGUGAGGGUUGCUUAAUGGCUGUAACCCUGGGCAAAGUCGCAGCAAUCCCUGGUUCAGUUCCCAGCUCCCUCCGUGAGCUGUUCUGUGAAACUGGGCUAUGGAAAAUGUGUGCGUGUUUUCCCAUACCUGCAACAUGGAAAUAAUGAAAUUAAUGUAAUUCCUAGGGUAUAGCAAUGAUUUACUAGUAGGGAAAGCCCUGUGAGAGCUUUAGUCAAAAGAGCCUAGCCACUUAAAUACUAAUUCACCUCUCUUCCAAGUACCUAAGUCUACGUUUCAGAUGGGUUGUGUUAGUAAUUGGAGAAACAAAAUUGUGUCUCCAAGUGCACGACUAAUGCUGGAUCCAGAGCGUGCAGGAGCCAGCGGAACCUCCCUGUGCCCUUUGGUAGGCUUUGGAUCCGGCCCUGAGCAUGCACAUGGCUUAUUAUGACCAUGGGUACAAGACCAUGUGCAAAUGACUAUGCAGCAGCAUUUUCAUGCAUAACCACAGUAACGGUGGGCAAAACCUGGACAUACGCUUGUUUAUUCCAACCAUAUGAAAAUUGGUUCUAAAAGGGAAUGUUUGGGCUAUGGACUUGAAUAUCCAGAACUCUGGAAGAUGUGUUAAGUCUAGGCCCAGUUUUGUGAGUGGCUUUGAUUUUCUGUUUGGAUGGCCCCAGACAUCAUUUGGAGAUGUUCAGAUUAGAUGCUUGAACACUUUAUAGUUUGAAUAUAUGGAAUAUAUGUUUGUCUCCUCACUAAAUGAAAACAGAAAUCUUGAUUUUCUGUAUUUUCCCUGUUUUCCUAUCAAGUUGAUGAGAUACCACCUUCCUGCAAUCUGUUAAUUUAUAAAAUGCAUGGAAGCCUCCUUCCUUACACACAAGUUGUCAUAAAGGGCGCUUAGUUCAUUUAUUUUCUGUGAAUUUAAUUUUGUUUAGGUCCUUCUGCCUCAUCCAACAGGCAGUGCCCCCUCAAGCCUGUCAGCCUUGGUCUUCUGUGUCUUACCAGGACACUGCACAAGUCUGAUCGUUUAAUCCCACUUCCCCCCAUUGCAACUGGCUCUGACCCCAGUCCUGGAGCAUGAGGGCUGAGAAAUGCUUAGACCAAAGCUCUCCAUCUGCCAGUGGGGUCUGGCCAUUAACCUUUUGUUUAUGUACUUGCCGUGCAAUGGAGAGGCACUUCAGAUAUUUCCUUGCUAAACAAAGGCAGGCAUUUAAACCGAGCAAUAUGCUUCAAUACUGGGAAUAGUUACUGCACGUACCGUUCGACUCUUUUCUCUGCAGAGAUUAAUGCUGGAAUCUUAAACAUCACUAAUGCCUUAUAGACAAUCCAUUAACAUCUGUGUCUCCUAAGUGGCCAGCCAUACCAUUAUUUAUAAAAUAGGGAUCCCUUCCUAAUGCUAGGGCUACAGAUCCCUUGAUUUCCUGAGCAUAUAAUCAUGUGUAUUAUCAGCUGUGGAGCAUUUUACACCGCUACGUAUUUUUUACUAUAUAAUGAGCUGUGUGUGUGUGAGUGACAUACAAAAAACAGAGGAAUAUUGCUAUUGCACUUACUGCAAUGUAUGAGCGGAUCUAGUUAGACACGAAAUGCAGACAGAAAUCCGCCUCACCUCUCAAGCUAAUUUUAGUCUCUCCCUCUCUUCUCUCUAGCUGUGUGUGUAUAAAAUCACUCACAGUCUGACAAUGUUCCAGUAACCUGUACCACGCGCAGAGCAGGAUGUACUUACUAACCAUCUGCUUGCAUGGCAUGGGUUAACUGAGCCUGUGGGAUUGUGCUUACCUAAACAAAACCACUGCAGUGAGGGGAAAAACAAUGAAUGGGUGGAGAUGAUCAGCCCAGGCAUUCCAGCUAGUGCAGUCCAGGCAGCAAUGACAGCCUGAAGGUUGCAGCAGCAUCGGGAUCUGCAUUCCAAGUGCACAGAUCUUACAGUCUGGAGUGAUUUUACGUGGAGCUGCUCUUUAUUUGCUGAGCCAUGGCCAGCAACCAGGCCAGCCUGCAGGAUGAUCAGAGCAGGCACUGCAAGUUCCUAUCCUAUAUGUUCUACCAGGCUGUGAGAGAUCACAAGCCUGUGUGGAUGCUGGAAGACAUGAGAACUAUGGAGUAUUUUUACUGGGAGGAAAAUGCCAGCCUAAGAACCUACUCACCUUCAGAAGCCCUUCUCUAUGCAGUGGUGCAUAACCACCUGCCUUAUGCUCAGUAUCUGCUGUCUCAUUUUCCAGAGGAGGCUCUCAAGGUGCCUGGGGAACACUUCUGCUACUGCCCAUCCUCUGCUCCUCACUUGGCCAUGGCGGUCACAUAUGACAGGAGAGAUAUCUUGGCGCUGAUCAUCAAAAUCGCACACAAGCUCCCCAGCUUGAACUCCUACAUCAACAGGACUGGUUGCUUUCAUCUGGAAGAUGGGAAAACCCCUCUGCACCUUGCCUGUGAACUGUUGAGGUCAGAGACAGUCCUCAUCCUCCUCGGGAAUGGAGCUUCUCCCAGGAUAGAGGACAGUAAAGGGCUUACCCCUCUGGACGUCAUCCUGGAGCAGAUGUGGGACUCCAAAGUCAAUGUGGCAUCAAAGAAGCUCUGCCUCGACUACCUCUUGCUCUUCAUGCCCAACCCCCAGUUUAAGAUGCGGAAAGUUCUGCAGGAGCAUCCAGACCACUGGACAGCUUUGCUGGGGGAAGACAAAUUCAACAGCCUGGUUGGGAACACACCUGCUUCUUUAUAUCUGCAAGCUAUGCAAACUAUUCUCCAGACUCUUCCCCCCUCCCACUUCCCUAAAAGCAUCCAGGAACUACCUAUACCUCAGGCACUAAAGCCCUUACCAUCCUAUGGCAAAAAGCUACCGACAAAAAAUGUGGUAAAUGUUUUUCCUUGACUUUAUUUGCUGGGUUUGGAUUUUCAAAGGCAACUUAGGGGAGCUGGUCAUCCACCACCCUCUACAUUUUAGUGUGAUUUUAGUACUUAACCUAUUAGGCUAUGCUGGAAAAUCCAAUAUUUUGUGACAAGAUUUUAAAUGUCUUUUCUAAUUGAUUGCAGGCACGGCACUUUUAAAGGCAAAUGCCUUCCUUGUUUUCUGUUUCAUUGUGCAUGUGAAGGGUUAACUGUAGUCGAGACUGUGUUAUGUUUGGUUUCUUAGCUGUCAGCUGGUAUCAGUGUAUCUGAAUUCCCAAUAUGAUAACUGUAUCCUGUGUAACAUACCUGGGUAAAAAGGAACUACAUGCCCAGUGGGAUUUUCAAACGGUGUAACUGUGGGACUCUGUUCUGCUAGAGCUGGGAGAAAUACCACCCCACACCAACAGGGUUCAAACAUCAGGGUUCCUUUCUAACAAUGAUCUAGCAUCAUUAGUAAUAACCAAAAGGUCCAUGGCUGAUGCUGCAGGGUUGUAGAGGCAGUCUUGUAGGGUACCUGAUUUUACUGGGUUACUUUACAGCAGGUCAUAGUGUGAA